UCGCGCUCAGCCCCCUGUUGCAUGCACGGGGCUGGCGCCCGGGAUGCCCGAGGAAGCCGCCCCUCCUUCGCGGCGGCCAUUCCCGCCCGCAGCCCACCCUUCGGCCCCCGGAACCUGCUCUCGCCACCGCCCGCCGGCGCCUGGAGCGGAAAACGGCGUUUCCCGCGCGCGGCACCCACCCUGCCUCUGGAGUCCUGGGGUUCGGACCCUAACGGUUAAGCUCCCGCCCCUCUCCUCCCUGCACCCCGGGGGUGUGUCUGUGUGCUCGUUGGAGCAUCUAAAGGCCUUUGAUGAUGAAAUCAAUGCUUUUUUGGACAAUAUGUUUGGACCGCGAGAUUCUCGAGUCAGAGGGUGGUUCAUGUUGGACUCUUACCUUCCUACCUUUUUUCUUACUGUCAUGUAUCUGCUGUCAAUAUGGCUGGGUAACAAGUAUAUGAAGAACAGACCUGCUCUUUCUCUCAGGGGUAUCCUCACCUUGUAUAAUCUUGGAAUCACACUUCUCUCCGCGUACAUGCUGGCAGAGCUCAUUCUCUCCACUUGGGAAGGAGGCUACAACUUACAGUGUCAAGAUCUUACCAGCGCAGGGGAAGCUGACAUUCGGGUAGCCAAGGUGCUUUGGUGGUACUACUUCUCCAAAUCAGUAGAGUUCCUGGACACAAUUUUCUUUGUUUUGCGGAAAAAAAACAGUCAGAUUACUUUUCUUCAUGUAUAUCAUCAUGCUUCUAUGUUUAACAUCUGGUGGUGUGUCUUGAACUGGAUACCUUGUGGACAAAGUUUCUUUGGACCGACACUGAACAGUUUUAUCCACAUUCUUAUGUACUCCUACUAUGGACUUUCUGUGUUUCCAUCUAUGCACAAGUAUCUUUGGUGGAAGAAAUACCUCACACAGGCUCAACUGGUGCAGUUUGUGCUCACCAUCACGCACACCAUGAGCGCUGUAGUGAAACCGUGUGGCUUCCCGUUUGGUUGUCUCAUCUUCCAGUCGUCUUACAUGCUGACAUUAGUCAUUCUCUUCUUAAAUUUUUAUGUUCAGACAUACCGAAAAAAGCCAAUGAAGAAAGAUCUGCAAGAGCCACCUGCAGGGAAAGAAGUCAAGAAUGGUUUCUCCAAAGCCUACUUCACUGCCGCGAAUGGCGUGAUGAACAAGAAAGCACAAUAAAGACGAGUCACAGAGAAAGCACAUAGACUAGCCUCACAGAUUCGCUUGUUUUAAAGCAAAGACUGAAUUGAACGUUACAUGUUUUAGGAUAAACUAAUUUCUUUUGAGUUUAUAAAUCAUUUGUACCCAGAAUCUAGUACUAUAUUGUUAUUAGGUUAAUCUGUUAACUGAAUGCUUUGAUCAGCAUUGAGGUGAUGCUGACCUCCAAGGACCUCAGAACUAACUGGUGCAGCUUCUCCCUCCCUCCUUCCCUCCCACAGACUGAACCUCCGGCCAGAAGCUGUCCUUGUAACGCCUUACACGCAUACACAGCCAGGAAACGUGGAGCACUGUUUCUCACAGAAAGUCUUCAAAUAAAAAGAGUUUUGUUCAGAUGAAAAUGUUUAAAACAAAACAUUAAUUAUAUUCUAAAUACAGGGUAUGUUCUAAUCUGUAUGAAGCAAUAAUUGCCAGUGCAUAAUUUGUUCCUUUAGCAGUUGACCCCAGAAAAUAUUAGCGUGGGAUCAUACACGAAAGAUAGAAAAAUGUAGCCAAACUUCCUUCUCUAAGCCAGAGUCUUGUCUGUCAAAUGCCCACAACCUCUCCUGAUUCUAAACUCAGUGAUACAGUAAUGAAACUGAUAUUUAUUUUAUUUUAAAGAUUAGUUAUUCUAAGGAGAAAAAAAAUGCUUCUGCCAUAUUUUCCUAAUUCAGGGGCUUUGGAUAGGAUUGUUCCUCCGUUUCCCUAAUCAGUCAUCAGUUCAUGUCUCCCUCCUGUGCCAGACAGCCUAGGUUACUAAAGACGCCAUGCUCUACACCACGGGCAGAGUACAACUCUGGCUGCCCAUUUCCCUUCUGAGCAAGGACUGGAGUCCACUUUAAAAUCUUUGAACAUACAUGCCACUAGAAUAUGUAUAAAUCAGAACUAGUGGAGUGAUGGGGGCAAAAUAGGCACUGAAGUUGUCAACUCUUUUUUGUCAGUCUAUACUUGUGACUAUGACCGCAGAUACCUGUUGUCACUCUUUGCAGGUUAUUUAAGUUUUUGAAACUGGGAGGAAAAAGAUGGAGUAGCUUGGAAAGAUUCCAGCACUAAGCCAUGGGCUGAUAAUGAGCCACGAUAAAAAAUGCCGGUUUGGCAAACUCAGCACUCCCAUUCCCUGCUCAGGUAUAUCCAGUCUCUACUGAGAAGCAAGCACAAAAGCAGACAAAAGUACUAGUGAGCAUUUUCUUUCCCCCUAAGUGCAGGACUGUUACUACUAAACUCUACCAGAAAUGGAAACAAAGAAUAUUUUCUAAAGAUUUUUUUGAAGAUUAAUUUUUUAAAUAAGUUUUUGGGUCCUGACACUGACAUCAAAUACACACGCACCAGAAAGGCAUUUCCACCACUCUCCCCACUCGUUACCGUCCAGCGUGCCUUUCUGUCUCUUUCUGCUUUUUUUCCCCAAUAAGCUCUAGUUUAAAAUUUUUCCCUGUUAAAAAAAAUUGUACUUUUACUUUAUGUAAACUACCCUUCUGAGGAUUUGGGCAUAUUUUUUGAAGGUGCCUAAUGCUUAGGAUCAUCUUGAGGGUGAUGCACUGCACCUGUGUCCUUCCCUUCUGUGCAUCCGACCCAUUUCUGUUGAACAGAUGUCUCCUGUCUAAUGCCCCUUCCUCUUCCAUUUAUCUCUCUUAAGUCAUUUUCUGAAACUCACUUGUCUAGGGUGCUUCAUCACCACUUCCGUCUUGCAUCACCUUAUAACUGUACUCACUGUCUGGUUCUCUGCCAGCAAUUCAUUUUAAAACAAGGGCUAGCUUCAAGCAUGACUGUUACGGCUCCUCUAUGACAAAACACAAGUUUGACCAAGGAGAAAGCCGCUUGGAGAAACUGGACCCUAGUUCAGUUUAGGUCUCAAACAGAGGUUAAAAUCUCUUACCAAAGUACGUUCCAGGUGAAAAUGAGACUUAGAGAAAAGCAGGCUGGUCUAACAUGCUUGCUGGUCAUCACAUUCAUACUUCCCAGUGAGGCCCUGAGGUCUCACUGCACAGCAUACCUGCCACUUUGGAUGUUUCCAUGGGCUUCAUAUCUGUAUGGCAAGGAGGGAUUGUCCUUUAGCAGACAAAGUCAAGCAACAUUAAGUUCAAGGCAGCUUGAAACCUCUCUGAUCAAAGUGAAAAAUGUGGUUUAUACUUUCAAACCAAUGCCAGGGAUUAGAGACAGGUUUCAUUCAGGAUGCAUAUUUCCAAUUUGGUCUUUAAUUCAAGAGAAGCUUCAUAAAACACAUAUAGCCUUAAACCACUCAAGGGCUAAUUAAAAAAAUAGAGUUAUGAAAUCUCAGCCACAAAAAAAAUAAAUCAGGUAAAAUUUUAACCUGUUAAGUGUUGUAAACGUCAAAAAACCAAAAUGCUUAUUUUAAUGUAUUUCUAAAACUACUGAAAAAUUAAUAUUUCUAUAACCUAUUAAAGAAAAAAAUGGAAAAUGUUUUCUCUCAAUUUCCUGUUACCCAUAGGAAUUAAAACUUAAAUACUGUAAAGCAUAUCAGUUAUUCCCUCAGUUUUUAAAAUUAACAAAAUGGAAUGUUAAUGGAAUUAAAUUUUCAAGCCAUCGAAAUUAUAUAUUAAACUAGUUAUGUUGCAGGGUAAAGUCCUCACCCCUACAUUAGAAAAAUAUUUUUUUCUUUUAAGGCAAAACAGUAUUUACUCUGAUGAGCAGAAUAGCAUUUUGUAUGUAAGAGUCCAUUUCAGUUCUUUUCAAUAUUUCCAUAUUGUUUUGUGAAUGUUUCUUGGGGCUCACUUAUUUGGAAAAUAUGGGUGUCACUUGGUGUUCCUUUGAAAGUAAUUAUAUCUUAAGAACAUAGUAUCAUGAAUGGAGUGGACAAGGGAGGCUGGAGAAGCCAUUUUUCUUUGUAGAUAUAAAGCAUUCUCUAUGAUUGUUGUAUAAUAAAUUGAUUUUUACACUAAA